UUUUCUUUGUUCUUCAGGCUUCCAAGGUUGAGAACUCAUUCAUAAAUAGAAUUUGUAAGAGUUUUUUGUUAUCAGGAGCCCAUUCAAAAUGACUACAAACACCAUCGCGACUGGAAACACCAACAUGACUGAAGAAGCCUCGACGAAACAUGGAGGCUUUGGUUCAAGGGAACGAAGGAAAAGUAAGUAUUUGCGUGAUCCCUACACAAACAUUGGGGAUUUAAGGAAACAUAGAACUAAUUCAAAAGUUAAACAGGAGAGCCCAACCCAACCGAUUGGAUCUAUAAAAAUGUCUGGUGUAAUCGCUACUCAACCAACUGGGUCUACAACAAUGCCUAGUCUGACCCCUACCCAACCAAUAGGGUCUACAACAAUGCCUAGUGUGACCCCUACCCAACCAAUAGGGUCUAUAUCAAUUCCUAGUGUGACCCCUACCCAACCAAUAGGGUCUAUAUCAAUUCCUAGUGUGAUCCCUACCCAACCAGUUGUGUCUAUGGAAGCGCCUAGUGAGACACCUCCUUCCCUUGAGUUUAUGAAGCAAAGGUUGGAGAUGAUGGCAUCAACCAUGGAGAGUUCAGGACAUACACUUUCCCCCCGGAUGAGAGCCCAAUUGGAUGCUGGAAUUAAAAACCUUCUGGAAAGGGUGAACGCUAGGAUUAAUGUCUGAAUAAUGUCAUUGGAAGCUUUUAUUUUCAAAUUAAUCAUGGCAGUAGUUAAGUAUAUUAGAGUAGUCAGGGUUUGUAUUUUGCUCCUCAUUUCUGUGGUUGUAUUGAUGGACUUUCAUGUCCAUUCUUUGACUUUUGAACAAUUCAUUAGAAUGGAUCAAGGAUAUUUAUAAAUGAAUGCUAUUUGAUUCAAUAUCAGUUCAAGUUC